UUUCUCGCUGCUGCUCGCUCUUUCCCUCGCCGAUACAUUUUCCCUCGCUCCCCACCUCCUCUUUCCCUCUCUCCAAUCUCCGAAGCGAAUGGCCGUCUGUCGGAUAGGUAUGACGGCCGUCGUCUCGGUGGCGGCGGCCCCGUCGACUUCCUCCCUCCCCAGCCGCCGGCCGUUCCUAUUCCGCACCGUUUCACCUCGCUGCCCCUCCCGCCGCACUCAGAAGCCGGUCGGCCGUCGCGCCAGUCUUCCCGUCUCCGCAUCCCUGGCAGCGGCCUCCACAGACGAGGCCGCCACGGUCUCCCCUCCUGGAGAUUCUUCUGGUGGAAUUGAGAAUUUGGUGAUCAUUGGUUCUGGUCCAGCUGGAUAUACUGCAGCAAUCUAUGCUGCUCGUGCAAAUUUAAAGCCUGUUGUGUUUGAAGGUUAUCAAGUUGGUGGUGUUCCAGGAGGGCAGCUAAUGACUACUACAGAAGUUGAAAAUUUUCCUGGGUUUCCUGAUGGAAUAACUGGCCCUGAUUUGAUGGAUAGGAUACGACGGCAAGCUGAACGCUGGGGUGCUGAACUUUUUCAAGAAGAUGUUGAAUUUAUUGAUGUUCAGCAUAAUCCUUUUAUUGUCCACAGUAGUGAGCGCAAGGUAAAAUGUCAUAGUCUUAUUAUCGCAACAGGAGCUACUGCUAAAAGGCUUAGGUUGCCUCGUGAAGAUGAAUUUUGGAGUAGAGGAAUCAGCGCUUGCGCAAUAUGUGAUGGAGCAUCACCACUUUUCAAGGGCCAAGUUUUGGCUGUUGUUGGAGGUGGUGACACAGCUACUGAAGAAGCAUUAUAUUUGACCAAAUAUGCACGACAUGUACACUUGCUUGUUCGAAGAAACCAACUACGGGCAUCUAAAGCAAUGCAAGACAGAGUACUCAACAAUCCGAAUAUCACAGUGCACUUCAAUACAGAAGCUGUGGAUGUUGUUAGCAAUAGCAGGGACCAGAUGUCAGGAGUUCUAGUAAAAAGAGUUGAUACAGGUGAAGAAUCAGUUCUUGAGUUAAAAGGUCUAUUUUACGGUAUAGGGCAUACUCCAAACAGCCACUUGUUGGAAGGUCAAAUUGAACUUGACAGUUCUGGAUAUAUCAUAGUCAAAGAAGGCACAUCAAAAACUUCAGUUGAAGGUGUCUUUGCUGCUGGUGAUGUACAGGAUCAUGAGUGGAGGCAAGCAAUAACUGCUGCUGGUUCUGGAUGUGUUGCUGCUUUAUCUGUUGAAAGAUAUCUAGUUGCGAACAAUCUGCUUGUGGAGUUCCAUCAGCCUGUAACUGAGGUGGUCAAGAAGGAAGUUACUGACAAGGAUGCACAAAUGGGUUUUGACAUAACACUGACAAAGCACAAAGGGCAGUAUGCACUUCGGAAGUUGUAUCACGAAAGUCCAAGAUUGUUAUGCAUUCUAUAUACUGCACCAACAUGUGGUCCAUGUAGGACACUGAAACCGAUUUUAAGCAAGGCCAUGAUGCAUUUCUCCUGUUUCACACAAGGAGAGGACAUUUGGCAACCAUCUAUAUAACAUGCCUGGAAGGUGUCAGUGGCACUUGCAGUCUUUAUAACUUGUUUUUCUUCGGCAAUGACAUUAAUUUGUCAUUUGUUCAGGAUAUGAUGAACAAGUAAAAUAAAGGAUCUAUUGUCCUUAAUCUACUUGUUCUGCUCUGCGAUAACCAGUCUUGCUGCCGGUUGAUUUUAAGCCUAAUUAUAAGCUUCAUUAUUUAAUCCUACUGAAGCUUAAAAUAAGGCACAAGAACCAUUAGAACCAUCACAUUAUUUAAUCCUACCUGAUACAUUUGCAGUUUUUCAUUCAUUAUUGAUUUUGUGAAGUUAGGUAACACAAGCAUCACCACUUGUUUAAUCACACAAUUGAACUUUCUUUUGUAGCAGGUGAUAGAUGAUUUCAACCAAAAUGUGCACUUUGUUGAAAUUGAUAUUGAAGAAGACCCUGAAAUUGCAGAAGCAGCAGGAAUUAUGGGAACACCUUGUGUUCAAUUUUUCAAAAAUAAGGAAAUG